GCGCGACCGAGCCCUGGGGGCGGGGCUGCUCCAUCCGGGUAUCCAGCGGCCUGUGGGUGUUUUGUUUUCUUGGCUGGAACUUGGGGCGGUAGGUAGGAGGCUCGGCCCCGGCGCGACACCGGGAUCCGGACGUACUGCACCGGCCAGGCUGGACUUAAAACUUGACCUGAAAAAAUGUCUGGAUUUCUGGAAGGCUUGAGGUGCUCAGAGUGCAUUGAUUGGGGGGAAAAGCGCAAUACUAUUGCUUCCAUUGCUGCCGGUGUUCUAUUUUUUACAGGCUGGUGGAUCAUCAUAGAUGCAGCUGUCAUUUACCCCCGCAUGGACGAAUUCAACCACUCCUACCACGCGUGCGGUGUGAUAGCGACCAUAGCCUUCUUAAUAGUAUGUCUGAUGUGUACAAGAAGAAAACUAGAUAGGACCAAGCUAAAGAUCACUCCAAUCUUAGCAAGGAUUAAUGCAGUAUCAAAUGGACAAGUCCGAGGUGAUAGUUACAGUGAAGGUUGCCUGGGUCAAACAGGUGCUCGCAUUUGGCUGUUCAUUGGUUUCAUGUUGGCCUUUGGCUCUCUGAUUGCGUCGAUGUGGAUUCUUUUUGGAGGAUAUGUUGCUAAAGAAAAAGCCGUAGUAUACCCUGGGAUUGCUGUAUUUUUCCAAAAUGCCUUCAUCUUUUUUGGAGGACUCGUUUUUAAGUUUGGCCGCACUGAAGACUUAUGGCAGUGAAAGCUGAUUUGUUGCUGCCCAGCAGCCCUGCGUGGGGUUUCUUUUUGUUUGUUUGGUUUUUUUUUUUUUUUACUACUCACUCCCAGUCUUUUGUAAUGCCAUUUUCUAAACUCCUUUCUGAGUAUAGUCUCAAAUUUGUAUAAUACUAAAAUCAUGAGAACUCUCUCUUUAAUCAACAACCACAGCAAAAUCUAUUGUGAUAUACAUUUGAUUACAUUUGAUUAACUUGUAAAAUGUUGAAGAAAAGUAUUUCACGUGAGAAAUUUUUAUUACAUUUUAUCAUGUUUAUAAAAAUAAAUCACAAAAGAAGUCA